AGGAAUGCACAUCAAACUGAAGCCUUGAAAAUCAUUGUAUCCAUUGGACCCUUCAUCACAUAUAUGAAUGUGUGAUGUAUCGACAGCAGAAUCAUGAACAGCUCAUGCAAUUCAUUAGCUCGGGAAUUCUUAACCGAUGUCAAUACAUUGUGUAAUGCGGGAGCUCAGGGAGCAGAAUCCAGGGAUGAAGAAGAGGAGGAAAGCCAUAUGGCCGAGCUUGGGGAAUACCUCAUCAAAGGACGGGGGUUUAUGCUGCUUAGCACGUUGAAUACCAUUGUUGAUCAGGAUUUAACAUGCCGGGAAGAGCUACUCACACUUCUAUUAUCUCUCCUACCUCUGGUUUGGAAAAUCCCUGUAAAUGAAGAAAAAGCAAGAGAAUUUAAUCUUCCUUUAUUAACUGACUUGUUUGCAACCAAAGAGACCAACACAAGUCUUCAGAAAUCUCAGGAAAGGUUUAGUGCUGAAGGGGUUUCCAACGCUGAAUUUGUGCAGGCUAUAAAACGCAGUUUGCCACUGCGCAAGACCAAGCGUCAAUGCAAAACUACUCACCGCCAUUCAGCGAAGGAUGCAAGAAAGUCACAGUUAUCUUCAUCAGAUUCUGAGGCAAACAUGGAUGAUAAAUGUUUGGUAACGGUUAAGCAGAGGCGCUCACAACUUGCACAGCCAUUAGUGUCUUCUCAUUCUAAGGACUUAGGGCAGGCAAGUAGAAUCUCAUUGCAGCAUGAAGUAGAAUCCAAAAUGAAUUCCGAUACAACACUUUGUGAUACUGGCUAUGAGGUUUUAAAUGAUCCAGCUGCCUUGAGAAUUGUAAACAAUAUGGAAAAUUCUCCGUUUGACCUGUGUUACGUCUUGUUGUCACUUUUGGAAAAAGUAUGCAAAUUUGAUAUAAUGCUAAAUCAUAAUUCCUCAUUAGCAGCCUGUGGUAUACCUUCAUUAACAGAGUUUCUUUCAGGGUUUGGUGAUUGUUGCUCUCCUAAUAAGGAAUGUAUUUCACCUGGCUGGACUGAGGAACCCGUAGCGUUGGUGCAAAGGAUGCUUUUACGUACAGUGUUACACCUACUUUCUGUAGAUGUUAGUAGUACAGAGGUUAUGCCCGACAAUCUCAGGAAGAACCUAAUUGAUCUGCUCAGAACAUCUUUAAAAAUAAAAUCUUAUUUAGAGAAGAAGAUGGACCCUUUUGAACCAAGACCGAAGAAAACCCUUAAAGAAAUCCAAGAGGAUUUCAUUUUUUCUAAAUUUCGACACAGAGCUCUAUUAUUACCAGAACUUCUAGAAGGCAUUCUGCAAAUUAUGCUCUCAUGUAUUCAAUCAGCAUCACCAAACCCUUUCUAUUUCAGCCAAUCCAUAGAACUUUUGCAUGAGUUUAUACAACACAAUGGUUUUGAGCUUUUCGAGAAAACAGUGAUUCAAAUGGAAUGGAUAAGUACAAGAGAUGAAUCGCUCUCCUCUCAAGCCUCAGAUCAUGUCUGGGUCCUUAUUAAUAGCAUCAUUAAAAUAAUCAGUGUUAUUAAAAAAGUUAAAUCUGAACAGCUCCAUCACUCCAUGUGUACAAGAAAGAGGCAUCGGAGAUGUGAGUACUCACAUUUUAUGCACCAUCACAGAGAUCUGUCAGGAUUUCCAGUUUCCAUAUUUAAAGGUCAGGUUUUACAGAACCCCUUUGAAGCGAAUGAUGAUGAAGAAGUCCAUUAUCCUGAGAGGAGCUGUUGUAUAGCAGUAUGUGCACACCAAUGUCUACGUCUACUUCAGCACGUUUCCCUAUCCAGUACAUACGUACAAAUUCUUUCUGGUAUAUGUAAUGUAGGAAUUUGCUGUUGUAUGGACCCCAAAUCAGUUGUUAAACCUUUGCUUUAUGUACUUAAACUGCCAGCUUUAAAAAGCUUUCAGCAACAUAUAAUGUCUAUACUUACCAACCUCGUGCUGGAUCAGUUAGGUGGAGGGGAAGUCUCUCCUAAUGUUAAACAGGCAUCUUGUAAUAUAUGUAUUAUGGAUUGUGACCAGUUGGCGGAAUUGCAAGACACCAUACAAGGUAGAGCUCUUGAUUCUGCUACGUCAUUAAGUUCAUGCAGUCCUUCUUACAGGUUUCAAGGAAUAUUGCCAUGCGGAGGAUCAGAACACAUGUUGUGGAAGUGGGACGCUUUGCAAGCGUAUCAGGACAUUGUUUUUGGCACCGACCAACAACUAAGUUUGCAGAUUGCAAGCCAUAUUUGUCAUUUAAUCCAAAGAGGUAAUGCUGUUGUCCAGUGGAAAUUGUACACACUUAUCUUUAAUGGCAUUUUACAAAGAGGAGUGGAGAUGGCGCAUCAUUCUCAACACCUAGGCGUUACCACAUCUUGUAACCAAGCGUGCAGCUACCACAGCAAGUGUUUGCCGCAAGACGUGCUUAAAAUUUAUUUGCAAGCAUUACCUGAGCUGCUGAAAUACAGGGUAAUACGAGAAAUAUUUUUAAGCUCCAAUGGAUUAAAUCAAUUGACUGAACUCAAUUAUUUAGACUCUGUAAGAUGUCUAUGUUUGAAAGUAUUUGAAACACUUAUAGUUUGCCUUGAUGAGCAACAUACUGAUUAUUUAACAGCUGAAUCAGACAAUAAUAUCAAUGACCAAAGCGAACUCUCAUCAGACUGCAGUGUUCUUCAUCAAACGCGGCAGCCAUGUUCAGAGGCUUCUCAGAGUUUGCGGAAGUUCUAUGCUGAACUGAAAGACGCUUCUCCAAAGAAAAAGAAAGAUGUGAAUCAAAAUAUAAACACCAUUAAUCUCUUUCUUUGUUUGGCCUUUUUAUGUGUGAGCAAAGAGGCAGAAUCUGACCUCGAAUCCACAAAUGAAUCUGAAGAUACGUCUGGUUAUGAUAGUACAGCAAGUGAACCCUUGAGUAACAUUUUACCAAAACUCCCCAUUGAAAGCCUGGUCUUACCAUCUGUAGAACAGACGCAUAGAGCUGCAGAUAUCUGGACAAUGUGUUACAGAUUAUACCUAUCAAGCCAAGUGUUUCAGAAGCAGUUUCACAAACUUGGUGGCUUUGAACUUUGCCAUAGACUUGUAAUAAUGAUUAUCCAAAAACUUUCCAAGUCAAAGGAAGAUAUCAAAAAGAAAAAUCUGUCUACACUUAAUCCUGAUAAAUUAAACAUAACCGUACCAGAGACCUCAUACAUGGAACCAUGUGACAAAAGAGAACCAUUCCAUGACGGCAAUGUGGUUAUACCUGAAAUGCUUAUUCCUGGUAAACAUCUGCAAACAGAUGAUCAAGUUGUGUCAACUGAGUUUUCACCAACUAAAAGAAGAAAUCUUACUGCUGCAGCUUUACCUGAUCUUGAGAAAGAGUGGUCAGUCCAAAUAGUAAGAUUGUUUGAAGCCUUGUUAGCAAUAUGUCUUCAUAGCGCAAGUACCAGUCAACAGAAGGUGGAAACUGAAACCUCUUCCCAGAAUUUAUCUGUUGAACACAUCAUACUUGGUAUACAGGAUCAUUUUUCAAAAUCACAAAUUAUUCAGACCAACCUCGCCCAGCCUAUUUUUGACUGUCUUCUUCGUAUUGCUGUAGCAAACUCUUCUUUCUCUUCUGAAACCUUUGAAGAGCAAAAAGAUAUGGUACGUAAAACAGAUGAAGAGUGCCCUUUACAUUCUGGACAGCUCUCUGAGGAACCUGGUGAAGUAUAUAGCUGCAGCUUUAAGCUUUUUGCAGAAGAGGAAGGUUAUGAAGCAGAUAGUGAAAGUAAUCCAGAAGAUAUCUCAGAAGAUGAAGAAAUUAAAACAGAGGCAGGAGAAUUUGUGAAUUCCAGUGACCAAGUAGAGAUGAGCAGAAAUGGAGAUUUGCUUUAUCCUGAAAUCUGUACACUAGAGUUAAAUUUGCUUUCAAGUGAACACAACAAUUUAAGCCUGGUUACCCAUGUGUUUCAUAGUUUCUUAGAAAUAAUGAAGGCAAAGGAGAAAAAUGCAAUGCUGCUAAUACAACAGGGAACAAUAAAGACUUUAUUGCUGGGAUUUCAAAACAUUAUGGCAAGCAAUGACCCGGAUUUGCAAGAAUGUCAUGAAGUGCUGAUCACCCUGUUGGUGACCCUAAUGAGCUACAGAACCUGUUCAGAUGAAUUAGCACUCUUCCUCAGAUAUUUUUUGGAAAAUAAAUUCCCAGUUGAUCUGCUGCUGAAGGGAUUAUUGAAUAUUGUUGAAAUGAACAACAACAUGAUUCCACUGCAAUACCUCACAUUCCCCCUUCUGCACAGCCCUGUUGUUGGAAACAUUGUUUCACAGAAAUCGUCCAGCAUUGCUAGUGCUAAAAUGACAGGAUUCUUAAGAAGAACAAAGAUUUUACAAAACAAGGAUGCAUGUGCUGAUAGCUUAAUAAACCAUCUGCUUUCUUCUUGGCAUAUUGCACCUAUUCAUUUGCCACUGGUUGGACAAAACUGUUGGCCCCAUAUGUCAGAGGGUUUUAGUUUUAGCCUCUGGUUUAAGUUGGAACUUAAUUCUGAAGCUGAAAAUUUGAUGGAAAAAGGAAAAAAGAUGAAAAAAAGAAGUAAAUCUUUUUCGGUUCGAGUAGAGAAUACAGAUGGUGACAAGAAUGUUGGAAAUGACUUCAGUGUUAAUGAUAAACUUGUAGACGGUGGCUGUUUACAUGUGCUUUCCUUGGGGUCAAAGGCUCUGAUGCUUCAAAUUUGGGCCAAUCCGAACACAGAACAUUUUAUAUUUAGAGUCUGUGUAGAUCCAAAUGAUGAAGUUAAGAGUGGAGUGUUGGCACAAGCUGAAACUCAAGAAAACAUUUUUACUCUGGGAAACUGGCACCAUUUGGCUUUAACAUAUAAGGAGCAAUCAGAAAAUAAGAAAAAUGCCUGUGGCAAAAUUCAUAUUUGGGUCUCUGGUCAAAGUAAGCAGGAGGUCACCAUGGAAUAUACCCAUCCUCGUAAAGCAAGCCUGUCGUCUGAGAGUAAUAAAACAUUCUGUAUGCUUGGGCACUGCACUGCAACACAAGAGGAGAGUCUUCAUUUAGCAGGAAAACUGAGCUUUGGAAAUUUGCUUCUUUUCAAUGGAGCAAAGAUUGGCACAGAAGAAGCUUUUGAAUUAUUCUGUCGAGGUCCAGAUUUUACUUCGCUGAUGCCAUGUAAAUAUGGCAAAAUUGUUACAGAUCACUCCAAGUACUUAUCAAAAGACAUUCUUCAGAGCGCACAAAUACAGAAUCUUAUUAUGACAAAUAAAGAUGUUGACAUGGGUCCUCUGAUUGAAAAUCUUGCUGUUGUGUACGACACGUGUAGUCCAGCUCAGUACACCAUCUAUGAACCAGUAAUUAGGAUUAAAGGAAGUACGAAAACCGCGCCAUCCCAAAGACCAUUCAGUACAAAAGAUGUCAUCAGCAAUACUCUGGAUACCCAAGCACUGAAAAUGUUGCAGCCAUCUUUCUUGAAAAAUACUCAAAGCAUUCUACAUGAAAUUGGUGGAAUUGGAACAUUUGUCUUUCUUUUUGCAAGGAUUGUUGAGAUCAGCAGCUGUGAGGAAACACAGUCUUUAGGACUUCAGAUAAUAUUGACUUUAACAAAGCACAAUCAGCAAAGAAUUCAAGAGCGAGAAAAUUGUGACGUCUACUCAAUGAUUCAUCAAGUGUUAAUCAGACCUAAAUGUAUUGUUGGCUUCCAUGUUUUAAAGACUCUUCUUGAAGGCUGCACUGGAGAUCAAAUGCUCAAUCUGUGUGAUAAUGGGCAAUUUAAUCUGAACGUAGAAUCCACUUCAGUGAUCAAAGAUGUCCGACUGCUUGAACACCUAUUACUAGAAUGGAAGAUUUGGUCAAAAGCCGAGACAGGUGUUUGGGAAACUCUGUUAGCAGCUUUGGAAGUCCUCAUCAGAGCUAACCAUCCUCAUCAGAUGUUUAACAUCAAGCAAUUAUUAAAGGCCAGAGUGGUACAUCAUUUCCUCUUAGCUUGUCAGGUGCUUCAGGAACAUAGGGAAGGAAAUCUUAAAUCCAUUCCUCAUGAAGUAUGCAGGUCAUAUAUAAAAAUAAUUGAAGAAGUUCUUGGAUCGCCUCCUGACUUGGAAUUGCUAAAACUUCUCUUUCAUUUUCUCUUGGCGGUCCAUCCUCCCACCAACACCUAUGUUUGUCACAAUCCAAGCAACUUUUUCUUCUCUUUGCACAUAGAUGGCAAAAUAUUUCAAGAAAAAGUUAAGUCGAUUGUGUAUCAGAGAAAUUACAGCUCAGGAGGCAGAUCGAGUGCUAGUCCUGGUUUAACAAACAGAACUCCUGUUUAUCCAGAUAACUUGCACAAAGAUAUUGAUGAAUCUGAAUUUUCCUCUCAACAUGGAUAUCUUUCUGUGGUGCGAAAAUCCCGUUCACGAAGUCUUCCAGCCUCUCCCUCCAUUUCACCUAAAGUGCCCCCAAAACGAUUAGGGGGGAGCACAGUUGACUUGAAAGAUGAUUCUGAGAAUUUCCAUCCAAACCAAGAUACUGCAAGAAGCGUGCCAAGUUUAAUAAAGAGAGAAGAUCAAUAUGUCAGCAGUUGUGAAUCUGCAACAACAAUCUGUGAAUCUGAGGCUCUCUCCAUUGAUAUCACAGUUGUUGAUUCUAUGAAAGAUGAUUUGGAGCUUCCAGGACUCCAUAUAGAAAAUCAAGAAGAUGAUGCCGAUAAAAAAUUCUCCUAUCAAAGUUCUGGUGAUCAAUUGCUUUUACAACGUCCAGAUAGUUUAAAGGGAAUUUACUCUUUCAAGAGAGGUCAAAGUGUUACAAGCCUUGGUCUAGCUUUCGCCUCAAGUGGACCUUCAGCCACACCUCCGUGGACAAUUAUUUCUGAUAAAAAAGGUUCUGAUGAAUGGGAUAACUUUCCCUUCACCCCACUUUUGGAUCAAACACAUAGCAACAACAUGGAUGAAAGGUCGGUGGAAGAUUGUAUCACACUUAUUUGCUGUGGCCUCUAUGAUCUUUUACGUGGAGUCCUUCUUACCAUGCCAGAUCUGAUGCUUGGUGAUGUUCUGGACGCUCUAAUUCAACCUGAAAUCUUGAUAGUUUUAGUGAACCAUCCAUCUCCCCUGAUACAACAAGGAGUUGUAAAAUUGUUAGAUGCAUAUUUCCAUCGGGCCUCAAAAGAACAAAAAGAGAGAUUUUUAAAAAAACAUGGCUUCCCUCUUCUAGCCAAUCAGUUAUAUCUUCAUCAAGGAACUCAAGGACUGAUAGAAUGCUUUUUGGAGAUGUUUUUCGGUCGACCCGUUGGGCUAGAUGAAGAAUUUGACGUCGAGGACAUAAAGCAUUCAAGCGUUUUUCGCAAAUGGUGCAUAAUCCCUCUUCUGGGGCUGUUAGAGAAUUCCUUGUAUGAUGUAACACUGCUGCACAAUUCAUUCUGCCUUUUGCUUCAAAUACUGAACUCCUGCUCAAAAGUAGCAGAUAUGUUACUUGACAAUGGAUUGUUAUAUGCACUUUGCAACACUUUAGCUGCAUUGGGUGGCAUUGAAACAAGUUUACCAAUGGAUGAAUACACUUUACUGGUUUGUGACAUUCAGCAGCUGUUGGUAGCCGUUACAAUACAUUCCUGCAGUUCCUCGGGAUCUCAGUAUUUUCGAAUAGUUGAAGAUUUAAUCAUAUUGCUGGGUUAUCUUCACGAAAGCAAAAAUGAAAGAAUGCAAAACAUGGCUGUCAACCUGCAGUUCAAAGUCUUACAGUCUGCUAUUGAGUUUAUAAAAACAACAGCAAACCAGGAUUCUCAAGGUCUUGCAAGUUCCUUCCAUUUCACUCAUACGCCGCAUCAUGCAAUUUACCAAAAGAGGAAAAGUAUUGCUGGUUCAAUUGCAAUGAAAGAUUGCAUUAUCCCACGCCUUCCAAGAAAGCACUUUUGCUCCUACGGACAGCUUCCGAUGCUCCCAUGUUACAAUAUAUUAAGCCAAGAACCAACCUCUCCCACGUUCGUUGGAUUCGCAGGAUAUGCAUUUCCUGAAGAAACAGGUUCCCACAGACUGUCUCUUGCGCAAUCUGACCCUUUACUAAUGAAGAUGCGCUCCGUCGCUAGCAAUGAGCUCACAGUGAUGAUGCAAAGACGAAUGAGUCAAGAAAACCCAAUCAGGGCUUCUGAAUCUGAGUUUGUUCAAAGACUUCAGAGGCUGACAGUUUUAGCUGUUAAUCGUCUAAUUUACCAAGAUAUUAAUGAAGACUGCCUUGUUGACCUGAGUGCAUCAGAUACCUCGGAGAAAAGGAUGUUUUCUGGAUCACAGUUUGAAUCUUCAGAAGAAGAGAUGCAAUCAGAUCUUUCCAACAUAAAAAUUAAGUUUCAAAAUGAACUUUUUAAAACUAUGAUCGAGGGAAUUAAACUCUCUCUGGGUGGAGGUAGGAGCAGUUCCCCCAAACAGCAGUGGAAAACAAUACUCUGGUCUUGUAAAGACACUUUUCGAGUUCAGCUUGGUAGACUCAUUGUUCAUCUUUUAUCGCCUUCGCAACCAAUUGAAGGAAGAAAACAAGCUCUGGAAAUGGUCAAUGAAUCAAAGAAUCAAGAUAUUCUACGAGAAUGCCUUAGCCCGGGUUUGCAGCAUGGACCUAAGCUCGUCCUGUAUUUGUAUGAAUUAAUGCACGACCACAAAGAAGAGCUAACAAAAGAGGAGCAGGCUACUGCGGCAGCAUUUUUAAGUGCACUAAAGUUGUCUGGCUAUAAAUGUAUCCCUCCAAAUGCUCCACCAAAGCCGGACUUAAUAAAAGCUAUCAAAGAGGAGCAGAAAAAAUAUGAGAAUGAAGAGAAUACAAAUAAAGCUGCCUGGAGGAAAACCAUUUCAAAUAACCAACAAAAUCUGUUUCAGCGCUUGGAAGCAAAGUCAAAGGACAUUUCUAAAAUUGCUGGGGAUAUAACUCAAAGCGUGUCGCUAUCUCAAGGAAUGGAAAGGAAGAAGGUGAUGCAGCAUAUUCGGAGCAUGUACAAAGUGGAUUUGAGCGCAAGCCGACACUGGCAAGAGCUUGUUCAGCAACUCACGCAUGACAGGGCUGUUUGGUAUGACCCAGAAUCCUACCCAACAUCUUGGCAGUUAGAUCCAACAGAAGGUCCAAACAGAGAGAGACGGCGUCUGCAAAGAUGUUAUUUAACAAUUCCUAACAAGUAUAUUCUCAAAGACAGACGAAAACCAGAAGAAACAAUUAAGCCACCAUUAUCUUACCUUUUUGAAGACAAAACCCAUUCAUCAUUUUCUUCUACUGUAAAAGAUAAAGCUGCAAGUGAGCUAAUAAGGGUCAAUCGAAGAUGCAUCAAUGUUGCUCCUUCAAGAGAAACAUUUGGGGAACUGCUAUUGGGAAAAACGGGGAUGUACUUUGUUGAAGACAAUGCGUCUGACACAGUUGAAUCUUCUACAAUUCAUGGUGAGACAGAGCCAGCAUCUUUUUCAUGGACAUACGAAGAAAUUAAGGAAGUCCACAAGCGCUGGUGGCAAUUACGAGACAAUGCUGUAGAGAUAUUUCUAACUAAUGGAAGGACCCUCUUGUUGGCUUUUGACAACACAAAGGUUCGAGAUGAUGUUUACCACAACAUAUUGUCAAACAACCUUCCUAACCUUCUCGAGUACGGAAAUAUCACAGCUCUCACUCACUUGUGGUGUACUGGACAGAUUACCAACUUUGAAUACCUUACUCAUUUGAACAAACACGCUGGGCGUUCUUUCAAUGAUCUAAUGCAGUAUCCAGUAUUUCCAUUCAUAGUUAGUGAUUAUGUCAGUGAAACUCUUGACCUUCAUGAAACAAUAAUCUACAGAAAUCUAGCAAAACCUAUUGCUGUGCAGUCAAAGGAAAAGGAAGAUCGCUAUGUAGACAAUUAUAAGUAUUUAGAAGAUGAAUAUGGCAAAGGUGAUCGUGAAGAUGACCCAAUGCCUCCUGUCCAGCCAUACCAUUAUGGGUCCCAUUAUUCCAACAGUGGUACAGUCCUUCAUUUCCUAGUCAGGAUGCCUCCGUUUACUAAAAUGUUUUUAGCAUAUCAAGAUCAAAGUUUUGACAUUCCUGACAGAACAUUUCAUUCAAUGAACACAACAUGGCGCUUGUCUUCCUAUGAAUCUAUGACUGACGUAAAAGAACUGAUUCCAGAGUUUUUCUACUUACCAGAGUUCUUGGUAAAUAGAGAAGGUUUUGAUUUUGGUGUGCGCCAAAACGGAGAACGUGUAAAUCAUGUUAAUCUUCCACCUUGGGCCCGAAAUGAUCCUCGACUGUUCAUCCUGAUUCACCGCCAGGCCUUAGAGUCAGACUAUGUGUCACAAACAAUUUGUCAUUGGAUUGAUCUGGUAUUUGGUUGUAAGCAAAAAGGCAGAUCAGCGGUGCAGGCUAUUAAUGUGUUCCAUCCAGCAACCUACUUUGGAAUGGAUGUUUCUGCGGUUGAGGAUCCAGUACAGAGACGAGCUUUAGAAACUAUGAUCAAAACGUAUGGGCAAACACCACGUCAGCUGUUUCAUUCUGCCCAUGUGAGCCGCCCUGCAUCUAGAUUACUUAUGGAAGGAGAGCUUCCUGUUGCCAUGGGGAUACUAGUACAACUUGCAUUUAGGGAAACUCGGGACCUUACAAAGGAGAAUGUUUACCCUAGCCCGCUUCCAUGGAUUAAGGGACUAAAAUGGGGAGAAUAUGUAGGGUCACCUAGUGCCCCCGACCCUAGCGUUUGCUUUAGUCAACCUCAUGGAGAAAAGUUUGGCUCUUUACAAGCAUUACCUACCAGAGCUAUCUGUGGCUUAUCAUGGAAAUUUUGCUUAAUGAUGAUUUAUAGCAAAGAACAAGGUGUUAGAAGCAUGCACAGUACAGAUAUUCAGUGGUCAGCGAUCCUUAGCUGGGGAUAUGCCGAUAAUAUUUUAAGACUGAAAAGCAAGCAGAGUGAGCCACCAGUAAAUUUCAUACAGUGUUCUGCAUUACAUCAGGUCACAAGUUGUGCUUGGGUUCCGGACAGUUGUCAGUUAUUCACAGGCAGCAAAUGUGGCGUCAUCACAGCGUAUCUGAACCGUUUCACAAACAGCACGCCACUUGAGAUUGAAGUAGAGUCACAGGCACAUCUCUACGGACAUACUGCUGAGAUCACAAGCUUGUUUGUUUGCAAACCGUACAGCAUACUGAUUAGCGUGAGCAAGGAUGGAACAUGCAUUCUGUGGGACUUAAACAGGCUAUGCUAUGUGCAGAGUCUUGCAGGCCACAAAAGCCCUGUUACUGCUGUAUCUGCAAGCGAGACAACAGGAGAUAUUGCCACUGUUUGUGACUCAGUUGGUGGUGGCAGUGAUCUGAGACUUUGGACAGUGAAUGGGGACCUUAUUGGACAUGUGCAUUGCAGAGAAAUUAUUUGCUCUGUUGCUUUUUCUAACCAGCCUGAGGGAAUAUCUGUCAAUGUAAUUGCCGGAGGUCUUGAAAAUGGAGUUGUGCGGUUAUGGAGCACUUGGGAUCUCAAACCAGUUCGUGAAAUUACAUUCCCAAAGUCUAAUAAACCUAUUGUGAGCCUUACCUUUUCCUGUGAUGGUCAUCAUUUGUACACCGCCAACAGCGAUGGAACUGUGAUUGCCUGGUGUCGCAAGGACCAACAACGCUUGAAAUUGCCCAUGUUCUAUUCAUUCCUCAGCAACUAUGCAGCUGGCUGAUACAUCAAUCAUCAUUCUGAGACUUUACUGAAUACUGACAAUAUAUCUCAUAAACUUUACAGAACAGACCCUGAAGAAAAAAAUAUAAUUUCUUAAAGUGAAAUACAGUGGUAUCACUAUAGUCUUAAAGGACCAUUUAUAAGUACUGAUGUAGAAGCAGGUCCAACAGAACGCUUUCUUCUGAAAUGCAUCUUCGUCCGUGGAUCCAUUUGAAGCAGUCAACUCAUAUGUAGAAACUCCCACAGUAGUUUCAAAGCAAGAACAUUUCAAAUAAACUAUAUUGUUAAGGGAGAACAGAUCAAUUAAAUAAUAAUAAUAAAAAUUUGGUUUAUACCCAGCACUCCAUUUGAUAAAGAUCUAUUGCUGCAGUUAUACUUUCUUACAACUAAUCCAAAGGACUGAAGCUUUAUUAAAUGUUCUGUUUCCUUCUCAUUAUUACACAUUGCAAGAUAAAGUGAAUUGGCUGCUUAGUAUUAUGUUGUCUGUGUUUUGUAAAAUAUGUGUCAGGUUAACACCUUACAAUCAGAUGCAAUUUGUUAAUAAAGUGGUCCAUGUAUUUACUGAGAAA